UCAUGUGUUUUUGCCAGGAAAGCAGAACUUCCCAAGUGUGCAGUCUGAAGAGUUUAGUAACACAGCGCAAGUGUUUGCCAUCAGGAGUGUGUGUGUGUGUGUGUAUGUGUAUGUGUGUGACUGAGGUGGCACGAUGUGGACUCGAUUGCUGGUCGGGGUCGGGGGUUCGGGGCUCGGGCUGCGGGCUUCCAGGGACGGUUUGCUGCCGCUGGCUGGAGCUGGAUGUGCGGGGAGGAGGCAGCAGCAGAGGCAGGCUUCAUGUGCAGAGGCUGCCUUGAAGAAGACUCCGCUGUUUGACUUCCACAGGGAGCACGGAGGAAAGAUGGUGGAGUUUGCAGGCUGGAGUAUGCCUGUCCAGUACAAGGACAGUCACAUCGCCUCUCACAUGCACACCAGAGAGCACUGCUCCAUCUUUGACGUCAGCCACAUGCUGCAGACCAAAGUCCAUGGCAAAGACAGGGUGAAGUUCAUGGAGUCUCUAGUAGUUGCAGAUAUUGCAGAACUCAAAGACAACCAGGGUACGCUGUCCCUCUUCACCAAUGAGAAAGGAGGUAUUAUUGAUGACCUCAUAGUGACAAAGACAGACCAGGGCUACCUCUAUGUCGUCUCCAAUGCUGGCUGCGCUGACAAGGACUCGGCUCAUAUGAAGGCCAGACUGGCAGAGUUCAAAGCUGCAGGUUUUGAUGUGGAUCUGGAGUUCCUUGAUGAAGCGCUGAUUGCUCUGCAGGGUCCAUCCAUGUCUCAGGUGCUCCAGGAGGGGCUGAAGGAGGACCUCAGUAAACUGACCUUCAUGACCUCCAUCUUGGCAACAGUGUUUGGUGUUCCUGGCUGCAGGGUCACCCGCUGUGGAUACACAGGAGAAGAUGGGGUGGAGAUCUCUGUCCCUCAGUCCAGAGUAGUGGAGCUGACAGAGAAGCUGCUUACUAACGCUGAAGUGAAGCUGGCCGGUCUGGGUGCCAGGGACAGUCUGCGGCUGGAGGCGGGACUUUGUCUCUAUGGCAACGACAUAGAUGAGACCACCACGCCUGUGGAGGCCACCCUUGUCUGGACCAUAGGAAAGCGUCGGCGUCAGACCAAGGAUUUCCCCGGCGCUGACAUCAUUGUACCUCAGAUCAAAGCCAAGACAGCCAGGAAGAGAGUUGGUCUGGUGUCCACCGGUCCCCCUGUCAGACAACACACACCCAUACUCGGUCCUGAUGGAAAGAUCAUAGGUGAGGUGACCAGCGGCUGCCCCUCUCCCUGCCUGAAAAAGAACAUUGCCAUGGGUUACGUGGAUGCAGCAUUCGCUAAGAACGGAACAGCCAUCCAGGUGGAGGUCAGGAAAAAAGCAGUGCUCGCCACCGUCAGCAAGAUGCCCUUCGUCCCGACCAACUACUAUUCUGGAUAGGAGGGACACACGCAAACAUACAGUACACCCACCUAUACCUACAAACAUACGGUACAUACACUCAGACUGGACCUCCACUCUGUUCCAUAUUUACCAAUGCUGCGCCAUUUUGUUUACCUUCACCAAUGACGAUAAGUCCUCCUAAUCUAAAAUGAGUGUGUGCAGGUGUAAUGUGAUCAGUCACUUUCAUUAUAAAGCAUAUUAAAUACUUAAGAGUUUAUAUUUGAGACACUAACGCAGAGACACAUUGUACAGUUCCACUGUAUAAAGUGACAGGUGGUUUGAGGACAACAAGACCUCACGUGCAAUGCAAAGAUUUUGUGUAGGGCAUUUCAGUCAACAGUCAGUAUGCUGUUAAAAAAAUUCAGUGUUCACUAACAUGGUUUCACCUGUGGAUGGGUGUGCAUGAAACAAAUUACAAGCAAUACUAAUGAGUCUGAGAAUGUAUGUAUGUAUGAUGUUAUGGGCCUAGAUACUCUGUUAACAUUGUUCAAAGACCAGAGACCAGUUCUUUUUCUAUUUUGGAAGUGGACAGCAGGUUAAACUAUUUAUCAACUUACUGCCCUCAGUAAGAGCAAAAACAGUGAGGCUGUGCGGAUCCAUUAAACACAAGUAUUUAAUUAACUUUUUGUUGUAGAAUAUAGGUUUCGCUAAUGAAACUUGGCAGCAGUAACUCUGUCACCGCUGGACCAAAACAAAAAGAUUCCAAAUGGUUCUUUUGAUGUUCAAUCACUACAUGUCUUUUUUAAAAGGUCUUUCAAAUACCACAGUUAUUCAUAUUCUUGUUGGUUGUAAAAAGCUUAAUCAAAGGAGGCCAAACACAGCCAGCUCAUAAUCCUUCCAAUUCUUCUGAAAUCUGCUAAUUAACACAAUAAUGCCGGUUCACUUUGUUGAAUUGGCAUUUUUGUGUUAAUUAGCAGAUUUCCUCAGAUCUUGUUUGGGAUGAUUUUGGGGGAGUUCUGGUUAGCUCUGACAAUAAAGUCCAUAACCUGAUCUCCACAUCGGAUAAAAACUGACCAGAUUGUUUCUCAGACUGUUAAUAAUAUAAUAAUAUGAUAGACCUGAAUGAGAAAUGUACACUACAACCAAAACCUAACUUGAAAAGAUGUAAAUUGUCAUUAUGCGUGUUCUGUCUGGCAACUAAUGAAAUAUAAUUUCUGUAUUAAACUAGGACAUUGUCUUUGGACUUUCUGUGGAGCUCUGAAUGUUUUAUUUUAUAAAAACAAACAUAAUAUAGAAAUAAUACUACUGAUUUAUAGGUUGUUAGUUUUUUGUACAUCACUGUGGAUUUUACAUUUUAACAGAAUUGUAUUGUAAACAUUUUAAAUAACAUUGUUUAUUUUAGAAAAUAUCUUCUCUUUAUUAAAGACAAUUUACUUUUCAUUUUCCCAUGA